AUGUUAUGGACAUCGAUCAGUUUAGUUUUAUGUUUAAAAUUGUUAAACACAUUUACAUUUAAAUCGAUAUCAAUCCGCAGAGUAUUACCAUUAUCAAUAAUAUGCAUAUUAUUUGUUGUUUUUACAAAUCUUUCAUUAGAAUAUAAUACGUUAGGCACAUCACAAUUAUUUAAAAUAUUAACAACACCAUUUGUAACAUUUAUUAGUUGGUAUUAUUAUAAAACACAUUAUUCACGUUUAUUACUCAUAACAUUGAUACCAUUAUCAAUUGGCAUACCCACACAUUCUAUUAAUGAUAUUAAAUUAACAAUAGCUGGUACUAUAGUUGCUAUAUUGGGUUCACUCACAGCAUCUCUAUAUCAAAUAUGGAUAGAUGAAAAACAAAAAGAAUUCGAUAUGGAUUCACAACAAUUACUAGUCUAUCAAGUACCAUUAUCAGCCAUAGUACUAUUACCAUUUGUUUUAAUUAUAGAAAAAUUAUCAUUUUUUACUUCUUCAAUGCCAUUAAAUUCAAUGAUUGUUAUUAGUCUGUCGGGUUUUCUUGUAUUUAUUGUUAAUAUAUCUUUAUGCUGGGUUAUUAAAAAUACAUCACCAUUAACAUAUAACAUAAUUGGACACAUUCGAACAGUAAUAGUCUUAUUAGGCAGUGUAGUUCUGUUUGAAGAACAUCUUAAUUUGAAGCAAUCUAUUGGUAUGGUAUUAACGUUAUUCGGUUUAAUAGCAUACACAUUUGUAAAAAUGAAAGAACUAAAUCAGUUGCCAUGUACAUUAUUCAAUUCUAAUGUACAACAAUUGCAACCGACUAUAUAA